AGGGAUGACCUCUAAGGAUGCUUCAGGUGAAGCUAAUAGUAACUGGAGAUGACUUUGGCUAUUGUCCUCGGAGAAACCAAGGCAUCGUGGACUGUUUCCUGGCUGGUGCGAUAUCUAAUGUGUCCCUUCUAGUCAACGGAAGUGCUGCAGCAGAUGCAGCCAAGCUGGCGAGGAGAUACAACAUCCCAAUAGGCCUGCACGCCAACCUCUCCGAGGGCUCUCCUGUAUGUGAGGUGCUCAAGACAAACUCUUCUCUGCUCAACCAGGAUGGAUUCUUCCAUGGGAAAAUGGGAUUCAGAACAGCUCUAUCAAAAGGUCUCCUGAAUAUGUCAGAGGUGAAGCAGGAGCUAAAGGCCCAGGUGGAGCUGUUCCAUGAGCUGACAGGUCACCUACCUCCUCACAUGGAUGGGCACCAGCACAUCCACGUCCUCCCAGAGGUCAGGCACGUAUUUGCAGAGGUGUUAGAGGAGUAUGGCAUUACAUACACACGUGUCCCAGUAGAGCCAGGCCUUCAUAACUGUGACUGGAUUCCGCCAUCCCUGAUGGACUUUUAUCUGGGAGUAGAAGAAGAUUCUUUUAACACAGUGGAUGUGUUUACAAGGCAUGGAAUAAGAUGGCCAGACAUUUACAUAGGUUUGAGUACCAUGGGCAAGAACAUGUCUGUCAGUAACAUCUGGAGUGCCAUUGACACCGCCAUCGUGGAGUUCCUGUCCAAGGCGCCCUCCCCCGCACACCCGACGCCACAGAGCAGGACAGUAACGAUUGAACUGAUGGUGCAUCCAGGGUACCCGAGCGUCCCACCCGUCGGCGGCUGUGGGGAAGGACCAGAUGAUUUCUCACAGUCCUGGGAGCGCCUCCAUGAACUCCAGACAUUAAUUAAGCCAGAGCUGCAGAGCCAUUACAAAACCAGGAACGUUCAGCUUUGUUCAUUCAAAGAUCUUUAAGUAAACAAGCAUACAUACAUACAUACAUACAUUUAUACUUUGAAGAUACACAGUUGCUAAUGUCCGGAGAAGCCAGACCACUGUUACCAGCGUAAUACGUCCUGGUACAGCUGACAGGAGCUGGGAACAGCAUUAGGCUGUUCAUGGAAGAGCAACACCCUGUGAGCAGCUACAGGCAGUACCCCCGAGCCCUGACUGGCAGUUUUUAGGCCACAGCAUCUGCUUUGAAUGUGACAACCCCCUUCUGCGUCACCCACUCGCACACGGUUCCAGCACAGCAUGGCAGCCAAGGCCCAGCCCUCCUCCCAGGGCUCAGUUCCUGCCAACGCGAUGGUGAGCAGCACGAAGACAGGCUUUGCUGCGAGACCAAGCAGCACACUAGCACCCUGAGGGUUCUGAUCAUUUCCCUUCGUGGACUUAACUGCAAAAAAAGAAAGAUGUGGGGGAGCAAGCGCUGCUUUGGAGCAACCACUCGGUGUAGGUUGCCCACGGGAGGCCUGGAAACCUUCAGCAUUUUGUUUUCUUAAAGUGCCGGGUCACGGUCCCUUCCCCUCCACUGGUGCCUGCCCGUCGAUGGCGAGGGGCACAGGGGCACAUUACUUCAGAGCAUUUCUCUGGUCAGAGCAGUUGGAUCAUGGGUUUAGCGUGGUGGUGUCUGCAGCCAUAUUCCACGUACAGCCUCAGCCAGCAGUAAUUACUGCUCCUCCUAUUUACGUUGCCUGUUGGCAUUAAGCCACCGUAGGAAAGUAACAUCAGCCACAGCCCUUUCAGAGAGGCUUUUCUUUCUUUGGUUGGUUGGUUUUUUUUUUUUGGAUGACUUUGCAAGAACAGCAACUGUUGACCCAUCUGCUAUUUCAGUAACUGCUCCAUGCAAGAGCUCACCAGCAACUGUUCCUGCACUGCCCACCGCCUCUCAUGAAAAACGUGCGGGACAGUUGCGUACCAGCUAUGAGCAAGUUUUCAAGUGGAGAACAUCCCUCUAUUUGUCCAUUUUUAUUCCUGUCAUCAAAGCAUUUGAAGAUCAACAAGCCCUAGUAAUACUCAUACAUUUAACUGCGUUCUUAACUGUAACCCUGUCACUCACAUGUAACUUUCACACGGGAAAAAAUCUUUUAGAUUGUUUACGCUCAUUUUCUGCGCAAAAGUGAUCUAUUUAACAUAAUCAUUUUUGGUUAACGAUUUCUUUUAAUAUUAAAGAUUUCAAUGUGAUCAUCAUUCUUUUAAGUGAAAAAUAAACUCAGGCCUUUUUCUAUUGUAAUGCUUCAGGAGGCUUUUGGUUUUAGUUAUAGCUGGAGAGCAAACUAAACCCACUCACCUACCUGCGACUGCCUGCGGAGUGCUGAAAGGAUGCCUGUCUCUAUCAUCAACAGGAACCGUUUGACCUUCCC